AUGAGGACCCGGCCUCAUACCAAGAACAUGAGGACCCGGCCUCAUACCAAGAACAUGAGGACCCGGCCUCAUACCAAGAACAAGAGGACCCGGCCUCAUACCAAGAACAUGAGGACCCGGCCUCAUACCAAGAACAUGAGGACCCGGCCUCAUACCAAGAACAUGAGGACCCGGCCUCAUACCAAGAACAAGAGGACCCGGCCUCAUACCAAGAACAUGAGGACCCGGCCUCAUACCAAUAACAAGAGGACCCGGCCUCAUACCAAGAACACGAGGACCCGGCCUCAUACCAAGAACAAGAGGACCCGGCCUCAUACCAAGAACAAGAGGACCCGGCCUCAUACCAAGAACAUGAGGACCCGGCCUCAUACCAAGAACAUGAGGACCCGGCCUCAUACCAAGAACAUGAGGACCCGGCCUCAUACCAAGAACAUGAGGACCCGGCCUCAUACCAAGAACAAGAGGACCCGGCCUCAUACCAAGAACACGAGGACCCGGCCUCAUACCAAGAACAAGAGGACCCGGCCUCAUACCAAGAACAUGAGGACCCGGCCUCAUACCAAGAACAUGAGGACCCGGCCUCAUACCAAGAACAUGAGGACCCGGCCUCAUACCAAGAACAUGAGGACCCGGCCUCAUACCAAGAACAAGAGGACCCGGCCUCAUACCAAGAACACGAGGACCCGGCCUCAUACCAAGAACAAGAGGACCCGGCCUCAUACCAAGAACAUGAGGACCCGGCCUCAUACCAAGAACAUGAGGACCCGGCCUCAUACCAAGAACAUGAGGACACGGCCUCCUACAAGCCUGGCCAGCACUGAUAUCAUUUUUACGUUAUCGUAA